UUCCACGACGAGGCGAACCCUGGAUUUUCUUGCAGCCUGUCUUCCUUCGUCCGUAUAGUGUACUCCGAGACUCCAUGCUCAUUAUUUCCUCUCAGAUUUACUGUGUCCUUACUGUUCGACUCUCAUACAUUCGCCUACCAUGGCGUCCAUGGCCAACUCGAAACCCGUAACCGUGCAACGAUUUCUCCUACCCCGGCUGACCUGGAUGACCUCCUCGUUCGUCCAAGCCGCGCCGCAAGCAGUCCGCAGACGUCCCUCAAUAAAACAGAAGUCAACUCUCGGCUCAUUCAAACCCGCAUCCAACCCUCGCUCCAUACACACUACUAGCACUUCAAGAACCGUCCCUCUCCCGACGAAACCCUCGUCGACGCGACCGCCCAAACGCCCUCGUAUCUUCGACCAACCUCUCCCUCCCGACUCUGGUCCGAUCCGCCACAAUGGCGUAUACGUCGCGACCUUCAAGCCUGCGCGGCGAGCAUUCUCCAGUACCUCCGUGCAACGAAAAGACCACCACUUCGACACACUCAAGUUCGUGCAGCGGCUCAAAGACGAAGGCUUCAGCGAAGAACAAGCCGUCGCCAUGAUGCGCGUCCUGAACGAUGUCAUAGAAGAGUCCAUCCAAAACCUGACACGCACAAUGGUCCUGAAAGAGGACGCCGAACGAAGCACGUACACGCAGAAGGUCGACUUUGCCAAAUUGCGCAGCGAGUUGUCCAAUGCCGACAGCACCGAGGCCCAAUUGACCCGCUCCAGCCACGAGCGGUUAUCCAGUGACCUGGCCAAAUUGAACUCGAGGCUGAGAGACGAGAUCGGUCGCACGCAGGCCAGCGUGCGGCUGGAUCUGAACCUCGAGAAGGGCAGGAUCCGAGAGGAGGCGAACGGCCAGGAGAUGCGCAUCAAGGAGACGGAAGCACGCAUCGAGCAGGAAGUCGCCGGGCUGAGAGAGCGUGUCGAGGCCGUCAAGUUCUCCACGCUGCAGUGGUUGAUGGGUGUAUGUACCGGCACAGCGGCACUGAUUCUGGGUCUUUGGCGUUUGUUGAUGUAAAAGGAAGGAAGAGAGAAGGCAUUCAUGUUUUACAACUCUGUGGCAUGCCCAACACGUGCGAUAUACGCUCUCACUCCGUCCAACGCCAGUAAAUAAUGCUGGGCAGUUGUUUGUCAUGCAGAAAUGACCACUAAAAUUGAAGCCAGUUCAACAUGCCCGGCAGGCUUUGAUCAUAUCAAUCGCUUGGAUGCUAUCCGAUAAACACGUCGAUCUAUAAGGGAUGAGACAUGUUCAGAGCACAACCCCUAGUAUACCGUGUCUCGAGUGUCCACACGAUGGACAGGUUUACCUCGAUGAAAGGCUAGGCUCCUUGACAGGUCAUCUUUCAAUUGAUGUUCGAGAUGCUCAACGCCACCGC